GCCUCGCAGGCUAGCGUGGCCAGGGGAGGAAACCAAGGACAAGGCGGACAAGGCAAUGGAGGCCGAAGUCAAGGGGGUCGAGGAGGUGGUGGCCGGGGCCGAGGAGGAAAUGGUGGGGGUCGCGGAGGAGCCUGAGCCAGAAUGUAGGAAAGAGGUGGUGGAGGUCCCGGAGGAAGAGGAAGAGGAUGACGAUGAAGAGGAUGAGAGGCUCCGACAAGAGGUAGAUCAGCGGGCGGAGAUGAGGGCCAAAAAGAGAGGAGCCCAGGAGGAGGCCGAGCCAAACCUGCCCGACAGCGUGCCUAAGAGGAAGAAGUACGCGGUCCGGAUGGAGGAAGGCUUUGAUGUGGAGCGGAUGGUGGACAAACUCCUGGAAGGCCAUAAUGACUUGAUGAACCUAAAGGACAUCCUGGCUUUGGCGCCAAGGCUCCGUGGUGAGUUGAAGGGACGACURUCGCGAAGGUUGGUGUCAAAUGCCCAUCUGAGUACGGUCCUGCCUAGAGAGGUGGAGUGGACUGAGGCAGGGACAAGGAUGGAUUGGAAAUGUGUGGCGUGCGGGCAGGUGGAUUUGGUGAUAAGGAACCAGAAGUAUACUGGGAUGGUGGACGCGGGCGCAGAGAUGAACAUCAUCAGGGAGAAGGAGGCAGUGAUGAUAGGCAUGGAGAUCGACCGCUCGGACCAUGGCAUGCUGCACGACGCUAACUGCAAGGCCACCUUUUGCGGCACAGCGUCAAAUGUGAUUAUAGAGAUUGGGAAGGUGCGAGCCAAGACUUGCUUUUUUGUUAUGCCCGAUGUCGAUCACCCUAUCCUUCUGGGGCGGUCGUUCCUGUGCCGGACGGAAAUGUUGAUCUUCAACAAGCACCACGGAACAAUGAUCYUGCUCCUGUGCGACCURGCGUGUGGAAAUUAUGAAGUUAUCACCUGCCAGAACACGGGGCCAGGGAGCGGGAGGAAUAGGCCCAAUCUAGGCUCGUUCUUCUUUGAGGAGUYAGAGAACGAGCGGAGACGGCUUUYGGAAGUGCCCGAGGAGGAAGAUAGGGCAGAGGUGCYGACAUUGAGCCUCACGGAUGUGAAUAAGGCCAUGGAGGUGGUAUCGGCUCACGACAUGGCGGAUCCGGAGGCCAUUAAGGCAUUGAGGGAGCAGACGGUCAGCCCACAUAUCACUCAGCCCUAUAUCGAUGACCUGACGGUCAAAGGUCCGAAGGAGAAGGAGGAAGACGAAGUGAUGCCCGGUGUGCGGUGCUUUGUCUGGGAGCAUGUCCAAGACAUCGAUCAGGUUCUGGGGUUAUUGGAGGAACAUAACCUGACGGCGAGGGGCCCCAAGUUGAAACAUUGUAUGAGGGAGGCCACAAUUCUAGGCUUUGUCUGUAAUGAGAGUGGGCGAAGGCCUGAUGUAAAGAAGACAGACAAGAUUCUUGAGUGGCCGGUGCCCUUCCGCUCGAUAACAGAUGUAAGGAGCUUCCUUGGGACGUGCGGAUUUUGGAGGAGCUUCGUGAAGGACUUUGCCACGAAGACGGAGCAUUUAAGGAAGUUGGUGAGCCAGGAUCAAGAAUGGGUCUGGGGCGAAGACCAGGAAAAGGCGGUCGGUAGGAUGAAGGGAGAGUUUAAGGAAGGAGGCUUGGUAUUGGGAGCGCCAAACUAUGAGGCCACGGAGGAAAGACCAUUCGUCAUUGAGACGGACACUGGGCCAACUGCYCUGGGAGGGGUCCUGAUUCAGGCAGAUACUGAGGGGAAGGAGAGACCGCUAAGAUUYGAAAGUCGUACCCUCAAUACAACUAAGAGGAACUACUCUCAGUUCAAGAAGGAGACGCUGGCAGUACUUCGUUGCCGAAGGACCUUCCGGAACUAUGUUUUUGGCAGGAGGCUCAUCUUGAGGGUGGACCCUACUGCACUGGCAUGUUCCCUUAAGAAUUAUACUCCAUCUGACCCAACCGUCGCAAGAUGGUUGACCUACAUUUGGAUGUUUAAUUUCGAGCUGGAAAGGAUCCCAGGGAACAAGAACAGGGCAGAUGGGUUAAGCCGCAUCAACUGGGACGGAUCGGACGAGGAAUCGAUAGAAGACACGCCGCCAGUUGAUGGGUUUUUGGACCUAGAGGAGGACGUCCGCCUGCACAUAAACGAAUGGUCCCUGCRAGUGCCCAGUUGCGUCGGGAACCCCAAGAGGAUCGUAUGUGGGAGAAACCGACAAAUUGAUAUCAUAGCGGCCCUACACGAUGACCUGUUAUUCAUGCCAGCAGGGGAGAAUGGGUGUAACUACAUCUUCGAUGCACGAGAUAGCCUUACUGGGUUUGUGGACGGACGAGCUAUCCGGACGAAGACUGGUCCGGUUUUGGCGAACUGCAUCGAGGAGUAUUACCUGCGAUACUCUUUUGUCAGGGAGUUCGUGAUGGAUCGAGGAUCAGAGUUUACCUGCAAUGAGAUGCUGAGGGCUUUGCCGAUGGGACCGGAUGGAUUGCCUAUUCGAUUGGAGGAAGGCAAUGCGGAGGAGUUUAUCCCAGCCUAUGAGCAGUAUAUGCGCGACCACGGGACUAGGCAGGAGGAGUGGAUGCAGAUGCUGCACCUCUGGACACGGAGGGCGGAGAGGUCGUUGGCGAGGCAGAUCCGGGACAGGGCACACGACUGGGAGGACUGCCARGCCCAGUUGAGACAGGCAUUUCGACRACUGGAGCCYGAGAGACCAGAGCCCAGGGUGGAGAGACGACAAAGGAGUAAGAGGCCACGGGGCCCAGAGGCGAGAGGGACCACUACGACCAGAGGGGGCCGAAAGGCCUUGGCACAGCAAGAGGGGCCAGCAGAGGCCGCCCAGGCGGUGGAGCCRGUUCARGCCGCGGGGCCAGCUCAGGCGGCGGAGCUACCCCCUACCUAUGGACUCGAGCAGGUGGAGUUUYGCCGAAUCAYGGGCAGUGAUCUACAGGGCCCGUCGCCGAUGUUACCAGAGGGRGGAGAGGCRGUGCCSUUGAGRACGCCGCUCGACAGGUUGGAGGCUCAUCUUGAURCGUCCCAGUGGGGGGCGUCACAGCUGGGAGCGGACGAGAGCGGACCGGCACAGUAUGAGCCAGUAGAGGAUGAACCAGAGGAGGAGCCACCUGAGCCGGGGCCWGAGGCGGGKUCUCGCGAACCCGAGGAGCCGCAGACUGAGGGGGUUAUCACUGUUGGGGAUGAUACCCCUCCUCCUACCCCGAUUCCAGAACAGGCGCGACAGUAUUGGCCUGAAGGAAUUCCUGAACCGGACARCGAGGAGAUGUUGGGGCCCCCACCGGAAGCUACUACGCCACCCCCGACGCAGGCGGGGCCAGAGGGGGGCGAGAGGGCGAGGACACCUACUACUGUGGCGCCGCAACUAACUGAGUCUACAGGUGCACGCAUGGAUGUGGAGGCGCCGACACCCGGGGAGCCUCCGCCAGGGCCGCCACCCCCAGAGGAGGGGACAAGUGAGAGAGAUCCACUGCGAGAGGGUCACGAGGCGAGGACAGGGAAGCCACUGGGGGAGGCGAAAGAAGAGAAGCGCGCGAGGGUGCAGGUGCGCCUCGAAGAGCUAUACYAGGAAAAGCUUAGGAUGGAGGCCGCAGGAGAAACGCCAAAGCCGCCAAUCGACCCUCCGACGAGCGAGCAGCGGAUUAGUAAGGCUUGGGCCAGCUAUAAGAGCAAGAGGGAUGCGGCUCGCCUGAGGUCGCGAGAGGUAGGACAGGGGAGUGCAAGAUUGGACGAGGCACGAGAGACAGAGGACUUGGGAUUUUCAGCCGCUAGGAUGGAGAUUGAGAGUGCAGAUAGGAGGAUAGACUGGACGGAGCAAAGCCGAUAUGGUAUCCAGGGGGAGGAGGUACAGGGGCUCUUUGGCCGGGAAGGGACGAGAAAGCCACCUCAGCAAGGAAGUAUGGGGAAGGUAUUUUUGGACCCAAUAGAGGCGGCAGCAUGGCGGGAGGCCGAGGAGGGGAGGUUCAACUUCAGGACGCCCACGGAGUUGGCCUUGCAGCAGGCCACCCCUAUGACGAUUGAGAUCCCUGACGGCGAUCCGGCGCAGGGACCCCAACCUCCAGUGGAGGAAGGGGGGCCCACAGAGGAGUCCCCUACGAUCCUUUUGGAGGUGCAGGAGGGUGCCCUUACGGGAGCAGCAGCAUCCACGGAGCCGGAGGCAAUGGGGGGAGAGGCGUCUCGACUGGAUGAGAUAGUGGCAGAUAUGGAGUUGGACAUGCCGUCAGGAGAGCCUCAGAGACAGAAGACCCCAGAGCGUGUGCCAGAGAUAGGGGAGCUGAGGACGCAGUUAGGCUCUUGGGCUACUGGAGCUGACUCAGGAGAGCACAUCUCAGAGUAGCAGCAGGAAGUUAUGAGUGAGCCAGCAACUGCCGUGACUCCCUAGACUUCCGACCUCCAUAGGGACGAG